AUGACAAACCAGGUGAUCGGCGGCUGCUACUUGGAAACUCGCGAAGUUUCGGGGAAAGGCCGGAUCCGCACCUUGAGAAGCAAUGAGAGGUUGAGGAAGCCGGCGGAGCAGAGCAGGUGCGUCGGAGCAAUGCGGCGGAGAAGUGCGGCGGAGCAGUACAGGUGCGUCGGAGCAGUACAGGUGUGUCGGGUGCGGAGAGGAGCAACGAUAGGAGCAGCGCGGGUGAGUGAGUUGUGGGAGACAAGAGGAGCAGCGGUCGCCGGAGAGGAGAAAAGAAUUGCACAGAGAGAACGUGAAAAUAAGCUAUCGCCGGAGAGGAGAGGAGACCAGAGACAGCGUGAAAAUGGGGGGAAUGAAAAGAUGAAAUUUGGAUUUUGGGGGUAA